CAGGUGAAUAAGAUGAAUAAUAGCCUAAAAUAUACAGGAAAAGUUACUGCCUUUAGUGAAAUAUUAAAUAGUUAUCAGCCAACUGACCCUUCUAGACCUGAAAGAAGAAGAGCAGGCACAAAUCUGCGAGGUGAAAAGAAUUUCGGAGACGAAGUAAAUAAUUCAAUGUUCCACAUCUUUGGAGGUCAACACCGCUACUCCUACCGGAUCCCAGAUAACCUAAAGCCAGACGGGAUCUUUGGGGAAAAAAGUGAAGUUAAAGACAAAUACCGUGAGUUUGCUGCAGAAAGACCAGUCAUUUGGCGACAGAAAACAAACCUCAUGGUGAUAGGGAAAUUUAGUGAAGUCUCAGAGUCUCGAAAUCAGUACAAAGAUUUCCAAGCGAAACGACCAAACAUCAAGAAGAUGGAGGCAAAUUUGAAGCCUGAGGGAAAUUUUGGGGAAACAACUGAAGUUCAUGACCAGUAUCGAGAACUUCAUACUCACCGUAACAUUGCUCCUAAACAUCAAGCAAGCAUUCGUCCAGAAGGACAUUUUGGAGAAACAUCAGAAAAUAAAGAUAGCUAUCGACAAUUUGAGACCCAAAGGAUCAUCGCAAAAAAACAUGGUUCUAGUUUAAAGCCUGAGGGUCAAUUUGGUGAAACAUCAGAGAUUCGAGACAAAUUUAGACCCAUGGAAACUCAUCGAAGAAUUGCAAAAAAGCAUUCUGCAAAUCUCAGACCUGAAGGAGAUUUUGGUGAGAAAUCCGAGGUUCAUGAUAAAUACAAGGCAUUAGAAACUCACAGGAACAUUGCUAAGAAGCAUUCAGCAAACCUCAGACCCGAGGGAGAUUUUGGUGAGAAAUCUGAGGUUCAUGAUAAAUACAAGGCCUUGGAAACUAAAAGGAACAUUGCAAAGAAACAUUCAGCAAACCUCAGACCUGAAGGCGACUUUGGCGAGACCUCAGAAAUUCAUGAUAAAUAUAAACCAUUGGAAACUCACAGGAACAUUGCAAAGAAACAUUCAGCAAACCUCAGACCCGAGGGAGAUUUUGGUGAGAAAUCUGAGGUUCAUGAUAAAUACAAGGCCUUGGAAACUAAAAGGAACAUUGCAAAGAAACAUUCAGCAAACCUCAGACCUGAAGGUGACUUUGGUGAGACCUCAGAAAUUCAUGAUAAAUACAAGGCCUUAGAAACUAAAAGGAACAUUGCAAAGAAACAUUCAGCAAACCUCAGACCAGAAGGUGACUUUGGUGAAACCUCAGAAAUUCAUGAUAAAUAUAAACCUUUGGAAACUCACAGGAACAUUGCAAAGAAACACUCAGCAAACCUCAGACCAGAAGGUGACUUUGGUGAAACCUCAGAAAUUCAUGAUAAAUACAAGGCCUUGGAAACUCACAGGAACAUUGCAAAGAAACAUUCAGCAAACCUCAGACCAGAAGGUGACUUUGGUGAAACCUCAGAAAUUCAUGAUAAAUAUAAACCUUUGGAAACUCGCAGGAACAUUGCAAAGAAACACUCAGCAAACCUCAGACCAGAAGGUGACUUUGGUGAAACCUCAGAAAUUCAUGAUAAAUACAAGGCCUUGGAAACUCACAGGAACAUUGCUAAAAAACACUCAGCAAACCUCAGACCUGAAGGUGACUUUGGCGAAACCUCAGAAAUUCAUGAUAAAUAUAAACCUUUGGAAACUCACAGGAACAUUGCAAAGAAACACUCAGCAAACCUCAGACCAGAAGGUGACUUUGGUGAAACCUCAGAAAUUCAUGAUAAAUACAAGGCCUUGGAAACUCACAGGAACAUUGCUAAAAAACACUCAGCAAACCUCAGACCUGAAGGUGACUUUGGUGAGACCUCAGAAAUUCAUGAUAAAUACAAGGCCUUGGAAACUCACAGGAACAUUGCUAAAAAACACUCAGCAAACCUCAGACCUGAAGGUGACUUUGGCGAAACCUCAGAAAUUCAUGAUAAAUAUAAACCUUUGGAAACUCACAGGAACAUUGCAAAGAAACACUCAGCAAACCUCAGACCAGAAGGUGACUUUGGUGAAACCUCAGAAAUUCAUGAUAAAUACAAGGCCUUGGAAACUCACAGGAACAUUGCUAAAAAACACUCAGCAAACCUCAGACCUGAAGGUGACUUUGGUGAGACCUCAGAAAUUCAUGAUAAAUACAAGGCCUUGGAAACUCACAGGAACAUUGCUAAAAAACACUCAGCAAACCUCAGACCUGAAGGUGACUUUGGUGAGACCUCAGAAAUUCAUGAUAAAUAUAAACCUUUGGAAACUCACAGGAACAUUGCAAAGAAACACUCAGCAAACCUCAGACCAGAAGGUGACUUUGGCGAAACCUCAGAAAUUCAUGAUAAAUAUAAACCUUUGGAAACUCACAGGAACAUUGCAAAGAAACACUCAGCAAACCUCAGACCAGAAGGUGACUUUGGUGAAACCUCAGAAAUUCAUGAUAAAUACAAGGCCUUGGAAACUCACAGGAACAUUGCUAAAAAACACUCAGCAAACCUCAGACCUGAAGGUGACUUCGGUGAGACCUCAGAAAUUCAUGAUAAAUAUAAACCAUUGGAAACUCACAGGAACAUUGCAAAGAAACAUUCAGCAAACCUCAGACCUGAAGGUGACUUUGGUGAGACUUCUGAGGUUCACGACAAAUACAAAGCACCGGACACUCACAGAAACAUUGCAAAGAAGCAUACAGCAAGCCUUAGACUGGAAGGUGACUUUGGUGAGACUUCUGAAGUUCAUGAUCAAUAUAAGCCUUUGGAUAGUCACAGAAAGAUUGCAAAAAAGCACUCAGCAACUCUAAAACCUGAAGGCCAGUUUGGAGAAACUUCAGAAAUCCAAGAUAAAUACAGAAGCUUAGAGACGCAAAGAAAUAUUGCUAAGCGUCAUAGUGCUAAGCUGAAGCCUGAAGGGAGCUUUGGUGGGACAUCAGAACUUCACGAUAAGUACAAAAACUAUGAUCCUCAGAGAAACAUAGCUAAACGUCAAGUAGCUAAAUUGAUACCUGAAGGGGAUUUUGGAGAAAUCACUGAAGUUAAAGACAGUUAUAGACAAAAAGAAACAAGGAGAAAUAUUGCUAAACCCCACAGUGGAAAACUUAAACCUGAGGGAGAAUUUGGAGAGACAUCAGAGCUUCAUGACAAAUACAAGACUUUUGAAGCUCACAGAAAUAUUGCCCAGCCCCAUAAUCCAUCCUUAAAACCAGAGGGUAGAUUUGGUGAAAUCUCAGAGUGCCAAGAUAGUUACCGAGACCAUGAGCCUAAACGACCAAAAGUAGACAAGAUAAAUAGUGAUCAACUUUGGCUCGAUAGUCCUCAAAUUGUAAUCAGAGGCACUACAGAAACAUUAUCCACAUACACUGAGUUUUCUGAUAUAAAAGCUACAGAUCUGAGAGUCCCACCAAAAUACACACAUAAUGUGAUAGCAGUGAAAGCAGCCUAAGACUACAGCUGAUACAAUAUUAUGUAUUUCUGUUAAUACUCUCCGUUUCAAUUUAAUUACUAUAUUUUAAUGAUAUAGCACUGACUUACCUCUAGCUCAAGAGUAUUUUUCUAAAUUCAUGGUGAGCAUCAGGUGAAUCAUACAAUUAUUAAUUCCUGCAUUACUGUAUUGUUUCUGAUUUUCUUCAUGAUUUUGUAAAAAUAUCAUGUAUUCCCUUGUUUAAGUUAUUGUAUUGUGACUUUUUAUCCUCUACUGUGGUUAAGUUUGUAUAGUCAUAGAUUUACAUAUGCAAGGCCACUGGUUCAAUUCCCAAUACUCCUUUACACAGUUUGAUACCUUUGUUUUUUAAAUUUACCCUUUUGUUUUACUCCUGACCAAUAUUAAAAAAAAUAUGUAAUAUAUAUAUUUUAAAACAGAAACAUGGGUUGUAAUUUCGACCAUGUAGAUGGCAUAUUUUGGUACAAUUGAGUGUAGCAUUUAAGCAAUAUACAGUAAAGGAGGUCCCAACAUAUGAACACCCCAAGUUACACACAUCUACACCUACAAAUGGUUCAAGUUGUGGUACUUCUAUUUGUGUUUACAAAUACCCCAAGUUACAUACAUCCAUAUUUACAGGCACCACAAAUUAAACACAUCCAUACUUACAAGUGGCACAACUUCCACAAAUCCAUACAUACAAACACAGCACAUACGAACCUUUGUACUAUUGUUUUCUGUACAAGUAACUUGUUUGCAAGUUUAUACACCAGAAACACAACUUACAAGUUGAGGACUGCCUGUACUGUACUGGACAUGACUUCUCUGCAGCAGUGCAUUUGAGAUACAGCAUUUUGCAGACCUUUACUCACGUUAUAUAUUUCUCAACUCAUCAUCAUAGAUAUUAGACAUUUUAAUUAUGUAGUAUGGUAAUGCAUAGUAUCUUAGUCUAAUACUUUUAGUAGUUAUUCCUAUUAGUGGUGAUGUUGACAUGGGAGCAUAAUAAAAAGUCUUCUUGCAGCAUUAUCAUCAGACAAUGCUAGCUAUAGAGGACUUCAAAGAAGUAUUAAGUAAUGGUUGACUGAUGAAGUGUCAGAGGUUAAGUGCAUAAUCACUUUACUGGGUAACAAAGUUUUCAAGGUAAUUUUUAAAAAGUAUUAAAUUUCAAUGUAACAUUCUUCAUUCAAAUCCAAAGGAAUGUGUUCCAAGAGAAGCUCGAGGAUUUUGAGUUCAUCAUUAGUGAACUUAAAUUUCGUUACGAAAAAAUGGGAUACGUUUUCGAGCCCCAAAACAUCUGUAGAAAUAAAUGGUAUAAAAUACCGACACAAUGGAAAUAUAAACACUUAAGCAGUAUAAUGUGAUCCUUUAUUGACAACGUUUUGCCCACACAGUGGGCUUUAUUAAGUCACAAACAGAUCUGUUUGUGACUUGAUAAAGCCCACUGUGUGGGCAAAACAUUGUCAAUAAAGGAUCACAUUAUACUGCUUAAGUGUUUAUAUUUCCAAAACAUCUGUAAUUGGACAUAAUAUUAGUCAAACCUUUUGAAUUACAAUAUUCUGGAAUAGCUGUACUACAAACAGGUCAUCUGACAGACAUAUAUACUGCAAUAUAAUAUUGUAUAAUAGGUGAGGCAAUUUACAUAUAAGCACUAAGUUGUAGAUCUAAGGGCCUAGCUCACGAACAUCACCAUAAUCCAGCCAAGCUUGUGACUGUUUGGAUUGUGGGUCUGCAAGCACAGCUUGUGAAUGAAUAAUAAGGCAUAUUAUUAUAUUAAAAAACACAAACUAAACCCACAUGGAUUAUACAGCUGCAAUAAAACAUGCCUCGAAAUUUGCCAUACGUGUAUUCACAUAUGAUAUUGUACAUAUAUGGAAUUUGUGGAUAUGGAAAGAGUAAAGUAUAUUCUUAGUUAAUCUUUAGUCACUUAACCUCAUAAAGAAGACAGAAACAUGAAAGUUGUUUGAGAAAGGCUGAAGAUAAAAAAAAAAUGUGCAAUAAACAAGGGCACAUGAAGGGAACCCAAAGGAUUCAGUCAGCCCAGUAUGCACAAGCACCUAGACGCAGGCAGUCUAGUUGUCCUGAUGCUGUCAUCGCUGCCACUAGUCACCUAACAAUCAGGCAUUCAAAUUUUUGUAUCUACUGCAGUAAUCACGAAUAAAGACAUUUUUUUCAGUAUGUAUAUUCUUUCAUGUAAUAAUAUGCCUUCUAAAAGAUUUAUAUUUUUAUUAACCUGUAUUCUUUAAGAGGUGACAUUAUCACAGUUUAGUUAUAUUUGGUACAGAAAUGCUAAUAGUUACAAAAUGCAGUUUUGACUGUGGUCAAAUAGUCUUUUCAAUAAAUAUUUUCAUUAAGGUUGUAGUCCUUUCAAGGGAGAACGUGUUGCUGCUGGUGAAGGGCUCUUAAUCCAAGCAAUAUGAGCUAUCCUCGCCUUCCUUGGAUCAUUCUCGAUUACUGUA